AUGGAUAAAAUUACAAAAAAAAUAUUAAAAAUUUUUAUACAAGAACAAAAUUACUCACAAGAUAUACCUUAUUCAAUUUCAUCAAAGUCAUACAAGUUCUUUGAUGAUUUUGGAAAUAAUUUUAUAGAUAUUAUAAUUAAACUUUCAGUUGCAAUUAGUAUAAAAAGAAAUGAAGAUAUUUUAGGAUCAAAUGAAAAAAUUAAAGUAAAUGUAGACGAUUUAUUAUUUUCAUUACCAAUUUUAUUCACUACCGGGGCAUUUCUUAAUAAUUUAGCAUGUACUGUUUCAAAUGAAAAAGCAGAAGAAAAUAGUAAUACUAAUUUCCCAAAACCAUUGGUUAAAUCUAAAAUCAAGGAUCUUGGUAUAAGUGACAAGUUUAAGUUUAAGAAGGGUUACAUCAGUGCAUUGGCAUCAUCAUUAACUUUAGUUAUUUAUCAAAUUAUUUCUGAUGCUUUUUACUCAUGGGAAGUUUACAUUGAACUUGAAAGAAUUAACGAAAGUCUUAAAGAUGAAAUGUUGGAUUUAAAGCAUAUUUUUAAUAAAGAUUUUAUUAAAAUUAAAGAAAAUAAAAAGAAAGAUUUCUUGGUAGAUAUUAAUGCUCAAAUAUGUCAAUUAUUUUGUUUUAAAGAUUUUAAACAAAAUAGAAUGAUGAUUUUAAAUUAUACAUUAGAUUAUUAUGAUAGAAAUGCUAAUAAUAGCAACAACAAAAACAAUAAUAAUAAUAAUAAUAAUAAUAAUAAUAAUAAUAAUAAUAAUAAAGAUAAUAAUAGUGAUAGUGAUAGUGGUAUACUUAAAUUAAAAUCCAUUAGUAUUAAUGAUGAGGAUGAAGAAGAAGAGGAUGACCACGAAGAAGAGGAGGAAGAGGAAGAAGAGGAAGAAAAAGAAGAAGGAAUACAAUAUACUGAAGACGAAUUAUUAGAGAUGUCAUAUAAAGAGAUUCAAAGUAUUGCAAAACAGAUAGGUGUUAGGGCAAAUUGUAAAAAAGCUGAUAUUAUAGAUAAUAUAUUGAAAAUCCAAACCCCCCAACAAAACCAAGUAGAAUCCAAAUCACCAAAAAAGAAGAAACAAAGAAAAGAACCAAUAGAAGAAAAUAAACAAAAAAAAACAAACAAAAAAUCAAAUUCUAAAUCAGUAUUAAGAUUUGAAAAUUAUAGAAACACAUUUAUUUCAAAAACUGUUCAAAUUGAAAGUGAUGAAACUGACGACUCUGAAUAUUCAGAUGAUUCUUCAGAUGGCUCAUACAUUCAUGCAGAUUUUAGUGAAAUCGAGAGUGACUUUAGUGACUUUUUUAAAAAGGGCCUACUAGACCAAUUGCUUUAUCAUGAUUUCAAACAAUAUAAAAAAGAUUUAAUCGAUGCUGCAACAGAUGAAAACGAAAAGAUUAAAUUAAAAAAGAAGUCUCCAAGGGUAUUGUGGUUCGAUCGUCCAAUCAAUAGAAAUUACAAUCAUUUAUUAACUGAAGCAGGAAAAGAAAAAUACGAAAAAGAAAAAAUUAAAAGUGAUGACUACGAAAGUUCUGAUUUCGAAUCAGAGUCAUCAGAAGAAGACCCAGAUUCAUUAACUUACAAAGAAAGACUAAAGAAAUAUGGUUCAGAUUAUGAAGAGUGGAGUGAUUUCGCUGACUCAUUCUAUGAAUCUAUGAUGGGGACCGAUGCAGCCCAUGAUAUCAGGGGUGGCCCAAGAUGGUUAUGGAAAAAUCGUGAAGACUUUGGUUGGUCUGAAGAAGAUUAUGAAAAUUUAAAAUAA